UCGGUGCCGUAACAGUCGGACCGGGUGCAUAAAUCAUCUGCACAGGUUCGUGUUAAAGGUAGGUGACGACGCCGGCAGGCCACCCCGUCAAUAAAAUGCAAAGACGGAGAAAUAAAGUUAAAGAUAAGCCGCCCCCGCAUCCACACCGAGAGUACUUGGACGCCGAGUUCAGCGAUGAAGAGGAAAGGCGCGAUGAGGAAGAUGAACAGAUGGAACUGAUAUAUACAACGGAUGAGCUAAAUGAAUUGAUUAAGUGCGUCAAGGAAAUGACGACUCUGAGCGGAUUGACGGAUAGCGAUUGGACGCAGAAAUGCGACAUGGAUGUUCACAGAUUCUUCGUCGAUCCGAGCGUUCCGCUUCUCUGCAUCUAUCAUGUGAACGGCAUCCUAACCACAGAAUUUUCAUUUCCUACGUUGCCGGUGCACGAGCUAACCUACUUCGUGAGACAGUCCGACGAGAUUCUCCACCCGAAGAACUUUCGCGAGCGCAUUCUCUUCGGGUCGGUGAACAACAAGGUGGAGAGCCACAUACUGAGCGUCAUCCAGAACGUGCUCGCGCCGAUCUUUUUCACGAUCGAGACCUGGCCUGACACGGACUUCCACACCAAACUGGACACCUUCCUGUGCAAUUUAACGGACCUCACGUACAAAAUGCUGGGCUUAACCGUGAUAUAUGUACCUCUGGAGACCAGAGAGUUCGCCGCGAAGGAGGCGGUUACCGAUAAAGAGCUAGUGAAGAGGCUGGAGAACAUAGUAGCCUACUGGAAUACUCAAAUCAAAAUAGCUCUGUCCGACCAGGAGCAGGUGACUUCGCGCGAGUUACUCUCUCUCGACGAUGAAUAUGACUUCUGGACUUAUCGAUAUGACAAUCUUUCUGGUUUAGAGUAUCAACUGCAGAACAAUACAGUGGAUUUUAUACUUGAAACAUUACUAACUGCGCAGUCCACUUACGUUCGUCAAUUCGUGAUGCUUAAAAACGAGAUCGAGCACGGUACAGUCGAAGCGCAAUCCAACAUUCAGUACCUGAGCAUUCUGAAAGACACUAGCGACGAGCUGAAAGCUUGCACGAAUCCCGCAAACCUGGCUCAAUAUCUGCCAAAAAUGAUGCAUCUCAUCAGAACGAUCUGGCUGAACUCUCCUUACUAUAAUACUUCCGAGAGAAUGAGCAAUCUCUUUAGCGCACUCAGCAACGAGAUCAUUGUCAAGUGCAAAGACUUCGUCGAUUUGGCAGAUGUAUUUCGAGGGAAGACCAGAAAAAGUAUAAAAAUUCUAAAGGAGUGCAUCGAGUUGUGCGAAAAUUACAAGACCAUGUAUUAUCAAAUCGCGAGCGCUCACAUCAAUUUCACGCGCCACCCUUGGGACCUAGAUUCGGAGAGUAUAUUUCGUUACAUCGACAUUUUCAUCGGCAGGUGUCAGAAUAUGAUCGAGAUUUGUCAAGCGAUGAUUGAUUUUGCCAGGCUAGACGAAACUAUGGAAAUUGUGUGUCCCAAAUUUGGCGGGACGCAAGGCGAAGAGUUCGAAAGAGUGUGCCAAAAGAUCGAGAGACUCUUGUACGAGGCUUUGGAUAAAAUCGAGGAAAACUCCGACAAGAUCUUCGCUGUUCGCGAUCCCGCGUGGAAUGACGACAUGAAUACAUUUCACGUCGAAAUGAGGGACUUGGAGAUAAUGAUCGAAAACUUGAUAACCACCGUGUUCAUAAACGUUAAAACCGUUCAAGAGGGAAUUGAAAAUUUACGAAGCUUCUACAAUUAUCUGAACCGCGAGAAUCUAAAAUCAGUGUUCGAAAGCAAGACCAGCAGCGUGUGGCAAAUCUUCGCCGACGAUAUUCAACGGACAAAGCAGGAGGUUCUGACCGGGAGAGAAGAAUAUCCCUCGAUCACUUCGUAUUACGCUGGCAGAGCGUUGAAUCUACGUUUGAAGGGCGAUCGGCUGCUAUCGACGCGUAAGAUGCUGGAAGAGGCCGCGUGGAUGCCGUACUGCGGCAUGAGCGAGGAGAUCUAUCAUCAAAAGGACAUCGUGAUCAGAUCCAUCGAGGACUCCAUGAAGGAUCUCCACGCGAAUUGGCUGUACGACGUUGGUGAAAACCCGCGCGCGCGACUCGACCGUUUCCUGAUACGCCGUAGCGAUAGCAAAUCCGGUCUGCUCGAGUGCAAUAUCGACCCUAAUAUCCUGAAUCUCUGCCGCGAGUCUUCCUAUUGGAUCGGUCUGCGAUUCACCAUUCCCGUGCAUAUACAACUGAUAUACGACAAGUGGGAUACGCUGCAUUUUACGUAUGAAAAUGUUCUUGCCGUCACGCGGACAUACAAUCAAAUCAUCGAAGCAUUGUCGCCGACGGAACGUGAACUGUUUCGCGAAUUAAUUCGGCUGCUCGACCGAAAGAUCAAUCCCGGCUUAACCAAGCUGACGUGGAACAUGGAUUACGUGGACUCGUACAUCGAGAAUUGUUUCAACGAAACGGCCAAUUUUCAGGAAUUUAUCGACACUUACAAAAGGUCGAACUCCAAGAUCAUAAGAAUCUCCGAGAACAUCUGCGACAUUUCCAUGAUCAAGAUAAGAGUUAAUCACACGUACACGCUACCCGAAUUGGUGCAGGAACUUUUGCACGUGAGAAACGAAGCAUUUGAGAUUAUGAAUAAAAAACUUGACAUUAUAGUUUUCCACGUCAUAGAGAUCUACAGCGGUUUCCAGCACGUGAUUGAAGAGAGCCGAGCAGAAUGGAAAGAUUAUUUAAUAAAGAUUGACAAAGUAAUCGAGAAAGCCAUCAGAUUGUGUCUGAAAAGUUCUUUAACCAUCAUGUUCGAAGCUCUUCAUGGUAGCGGCACGACAGGACCUUCGCCUCUUCUAUUAGUGCAAGCGGAUAUUAUCGAUAACAAAAUAAACUUUGCGCCAAGUCUCUUGAAAAUAGCUAAAAUGAUAGCAAAUAUCUUGAAUAUUUUAUUGGAACCUUUGAUAGACGUGCCACGAUUAAUUAGAAAGUUUAAAAUGCAUCAAGAUAAAGCUGUUCUUCCCUUUUUGAGAAUAUUCAAAGAGGACAAUGAACUGAUUCAACUUCAACAAAAACUCAACGAAGAAGUAAAUUAUUGCUUCGCUCAGGUGCAAAAUUAUAUUAAAACGUGGGAAUCUUACAAAGACAUAUGGGAAGUGAACAAAGAUUUGUAUAUGCACAGAUAUGAAAAAUUGAAACCAACAGCGGCAUCUUUCGACGCAGAUAUAACGAGAUAUCUCAAUGUGAUAAAUAGCGUCCAGCUGCAGGAAGCAAUGACGACAGUGCAUUUCCUCGAUAUAAAUUCUGAUGGAUUGAAAGCCACCAUCAUCGAACAUUGUUCAAUCUGGCAACAGAAAUUCACCACACUUUUGUUACGCAUAACCAAUGCAAUGGUUGACCACGUUUAUCACUACAUCGCUGAAAAUUCUACAGAAAUAACGAAGGAACCGACGGAUCUCAUCAGCAUGCAAUCCGCGCUGCAAUUGUUCGAGAGGCUCACCGCCGAGAUUCCGAAAGAGGAGGAAGAGUUUCCCAAGAUCCAAGAGCAGUACCAAACUUUGGGAAAGCACGAGGUACCAAUGACUUUCGAAUUCAGGAGAAAAUUAAAAGACAUCGACCGUUCUUGGGCGGCUUAUUUGGAAUUACUUGCCUCAUGUCAAGUCACAUUGCACGAAAAGAAGGACGAAUUUAAGCAGAUCGUACUAACUGACGCAUCAAAAUAUGAGCAGGAUGUAUCCUUUUUGGUGAGCAGAUUUAACGACACCGGACCCUUCACGUCCGACUGGAAUUCAAAUGACGCUUUAAAGUGGCUGGCCGUCUUUUGGACAGAGAUUUACACUCUUCGGGACAGAGAGAGGAUGUUGAGAUCGCAGCUGACAAAUUUCGGCAUAAGUUACCCGGCCUUGUUGCAACUUGCACAGCUUGAAAAAGAUGUAGCCGUGAUCGAAUUGGUGUGGCAAUUGACGGGCGAAUGGAACGACGCCUGGGAGCGCUAUAAAACUAGAAAUUUCUGGACGAUAGAAAUCGAAGAGAUGGACGUAACCGCUAAUCUCCUCCUGCGGAAACUCACGAAACUCUGCAGGGAGCUCAAAGAAAAGAAUUGGGAGAUCGUCGAGAAUACCAGAUCGAGAAUUGAUAAGUUUCGACGAACAUUACCGCUGACAACAGAACUAAAAAAUCUGGCAAUGAGACCGAGACAUUGGAAGCAGGUGAAAAUCGUGAUCGAUCAAGACUUCGAUGAGACAUCAGAGGAGUUCACUCUGGAUGCAAUUGCCAAAAUGCAAAUGCAAAAUUUCACGGAGCAGAUCAGCGAGAUCUCUUACGCAGCCACAAUGGAGCUCGGGAUUGAAGUUGGACUCCAACGUAUUAAAGAGACUUGGGAAGCGAUGCCACUCGCGAUGAUUCCGUACAAAGAUAAAGGCAUAUUUAGAUUGAAAGCUGUGGACAGCAUCAUUGAAACUUUGGAGGAUCAUCAGGUGCAGCUUUCAUCCAUGAAAGCGACAAGGUUCGUUGAACCGUUCGCCCAGGAAGUCGACUACUGGGAGCGCGCUUUGUCUACAGUUGGCGAAGUUUUGGAAAUAUUGUUGCUUGUGCAGAAGGAGUACAUGUAUCUGGACAAUAUAUUUACCACAGAAGACAUCAGAAAACAACUCCCGAAGGAGACGGACGAUUAUGACAGGAUUACGGCGGAGCUGGCCGAGCUUACGUCAAGGAUGGCUUCUCUGGGAUUGGUAUUGCAAGCCACUCAUACUCCGUCUGGCUUGCUGGAAGUCCUGAACAAACUCAAUGACAAGUUGGAGGCGUUGCAGCAGGCGCUCGAACAAUACCUGGAGACCAAGAGGCGCAUAUUUCCCAGGCUGUACUUCGUCUCAAACGAUGAUCUGUUGGAGAUCCUGGCUCAUUCCAGGCGACCGGAUCUCGUGCAAGUGCACAUCAGAAAGCUCUUCGCAAGCAUCAAGUCGUUGAAGCUCAGCAAGUCGAUUACCGGCAAAUAUUUGGCCGACGGCAUGCACUCCAUCGACGAAGAGUACGUCGAGUUCACAGAGCCAGUUAUCUUGGAGGGUCAAGUCGAACAUUGGCUGCGCGAUGUCGAGACCGCGAUGAGGGCGACCUUGCGCGAAGUGUUGAGGCAGUGUCGGACAGCGCUGCGAAAAAUGCUCACAAAACGCGACAGGUGGGUGAAAGAGUGGCCGGGCCAGCCGGACAUUACGUCCACUCAAAUUCAAUGGACGAGCGACUGCACGCGGGCCUUGCAGCACUGCAAGAUGGCGAACUCGAAGAAGCCGUUGAGAAAGCUAAGGAAGAAGCAGAAUCAGGCGUUGGACAAAUACUCGGAAGCUAUACGGAGCAGUCUGAGUAAGCUAGAUCGAUUAAAGUUCAAGGCCAUCGUCAUCAUCGAGAUACACGCGAGAGAUGUGAUCGAGAAGAUGUACAGGACGAACUGCAAAGACGUGUCCGCUUUCGAGUGGCUUUCGCAAUUAAGAUUUUACUGGGAAACGGACGUCGACGAUUGUGUUGUCCGGCAGACGAAUACUCGCUUCGUGUACGGCCACGAGUACCUGGGCAACACCGGAAGACUGGUAAUAACUCCGCUAACGGAUCGAUGUUAUAUCACGUUAACAACCGCUCUACAUUUAUACCGUGGCGGAAGCCCGAAAGGACCCGCGGGUACCGGAAAAACUGAAACGGUCAAAGACUUAGGAAAAGCGCUCGGCUUCAACGUAAUCGUGCAAAAUUGCUCGGAAGGAUUGGACUACAAAAGUAUGGGCAAAUUAUUUUCUGGACUGGCGCAGUCCGGCGCCUGGGGAUGCUUCGACGAAUUCAAUCGGAUUAAUGUCGAAGUGUUAUCAGUAGUGGCGCAACAGAUACUAUCGAUAUUGACUGCUCUUGCCCAGAGACUUACGAGAUUCAUUUUCGACGGCACGGAUAUAGUUCUGGUACACACCUGCGGCAUCUUCAUCACAAUGAAUCCUGGUUACGCCGGACGUACCGAACUUCCAGACAAUUUAAAGUCCAUGUUCCGGCCAAUCUCGAUGAUGGUUCCGGACAGUAACAUGAUCGCUGAAAUCACCCUUUUUGGCGAAGGAUUUCAAAAUACACGCUUAUUAGCCAAAAAGAUUUUUACUUUAUACUUCCUCGCUCAGCAGCAGCUUAGUAAGCAAUAUCAUUAUGACUUCGGCUUGCGAGGUAUUGUAACGGUGAUUCGAUAUGCCGGAAAAAAGAGAAGGCAACAUCUCAAUUUGUCCGACGACGAGAUAAUUAUUCUCGCCAUGAGAAAUAUGAACAUUGCCAAGCUCAUUUCGGAUGAUCUGCUGCUAUUUCUCGGUAUUAUCACCGAUCUUUUCCCCAAAGUAGACAUACCGACCGUGGAUUACGAGGAAAUUAUCAGUCAUAUAACUACCGAAGCAAUCAAGUUAAAGCUGCAGCCAAUCCCCAUGAUAGUGACGAAAGUCAUCGAGCUGUACGAGACGAAGGGCUCGCGUCACUCAACGAUGAUCGUCGGCGCGUCGAAUACAGCGAAAUCCGCGACGUGGAAGAUUUUGCAGAACACGAUGACGACAAUGAAGAGCGAUGGAAAGCCGGGCUUUAACGCCGUUCACGUACAUCCCAUUAAUCCUAAGGCACUGAGUCUUGGUGAACUCUACGGCGAGUACAAUCUUUCUACCGGGGAAUGGCUCGACGGGGUGAUAUCGUCCAUCAUGCGGAAAACUUGUUCCGAGGAUACCGCCGACGAAAAGUGGAUCCUCUUUGACGGACCCGUGGACGCUGAUUGGAUUGAGAACAUGAACAGUGUCAUGGACGACAACAAGGUACUGACGCUGAUCAACAACGACCGUAUCGUGAUGCCCGAUCAAGUGUCGUUGCUCUUCGAGGUGGAGAAUUUAGCCGCCGCUUCUCCCGCGACGGUCUCCCGAGCGGGCAUGGUCUACAACGAUUACAAAACCCUCGGCUGGAGACCGUACGUCGAUUCGUGGCUGCAGAAAUACAACGCGCAACCGGAGUUCGUGAAAGAGAUGAAUCAGCUAUUCGAGAGCCACGUUAACGUCACGCUGGAAUUUAAGCGGAGAAAUUGCGAGGAACUCGUGCCGAUUCUCGAAUUAAAUGCAGUUCAAUCGCUCUGCAAACUCCUCCAAGUUCUCGCAACGCCACAAAACGGCGUGGAAUUGGGCGAAGAUCGCGACGCCUUCGCCGUUAUAUGCAGACUGUGGUUUUUCUUCUGCCUGAUAUGGUCGUUAUGCAUCACCGUCAAUGAGGAAGGUCGUCAAAAGAUGGAUAAUUUUAUAAGGGAGAUCGAGAGCUUCUUCCCGCUGCGAGACACCGUCUACGAGUAUUACGUGGACACGCGCGUACGGACAUUUAUCUCGUGGGAGGAAAAACUAUCUCCCGGGUGGAAAUUUCAAUCCACCCUACCGUUCUACAAGAUAAUAGUUCCCACCGUGGACACAAUACGGUACGAUUACGUCGUAAGUUCCCUUCUGUCGAACGGUUUUCCGGUGCUCGUAGUAGGUCCGGUGGGCACAGGAAAAACGUCCACCGUCCAGUCGGCGCUCGAAUCCCUUGGCGACACGAAAUAUUCCGUUCUGCUUGUAAACAUGUCGGCACAAACUACCUCCAAUAACGUACAAGUGAGGCAUAUACUGUCUGGAUAAUAGUUUUAAAUAUUUAAUGAACGUUUUAUACUAUUGGCCUUUCCUCGGUCUUAGGAUGCGAUAGAGAGCAGGCUGGAGAAACGAACGAAAGCGAUUUACAUUCCCACCGCGGGUAAGUCUCUGAUCGCGUUCAUGGACGACUUUAAUAUGCCGAUGAAGGAAAAGUACGGAUCGCAACCACCAUUAGAGCUGAUUCGACAGUGGAUCGAUUACGGAUUCUGGUAUAAUCGCAAGAAGCAAACAAAAAAAUAUAUCGAGAAGGUGCAAUUGAUAGCGGCGAUGGGGCCACCAGGUGGAGGUCGCAACGUCAUCACGAAUCGAUUGCUCACAAAGUUCAACGUCAUUAACAUGACUUUUCCAAGCGAGAAACAGAUUAUCAGGAUUUACAGCACGAUGCUGAAUCAACAGCUUUCCGAAUUUCACAGUGAAGUAACGGGAAUAUCAAAUGACAUAACAUACGCGACGAUCGAUCUAUAUAAUAACGUGGUUCAAAAGAUGCUUCCUACUCCAAUGAAGAUGCACUACUUAUUUAACCUGAGAGACAUCUCAAAGGUCUUCCAAGGGCUGCUGCGCAGCCACAAGGACUAUCAGUAUUCGAGACAGACUUUCCUGCGAUUGUGGGUUCACGAGAGUUUCCGAGUUUUCUGCGAUCGGCUUAUUGACGAGAAGGACAGGGAAUGGUUCGUGACUCAGCUGAACGAUCAGCUCGGGAAGUACUUCGAGUUGACCUUCCAUAACGUCUGUCCAGAGAAGAGAUGCCCCGUUUUUGGUAAUUUUAUGAACGCCUGGAACAUAUACGAAGACCUUCCGGACAUCGGCGCCGUGAGGCGUCACGUGGAAGAACAGAUGGAUGAGUAUAAUGCUUCUCCUGGCGUGGUGCAUCUCGAUCUUACGCUGUUUCGAGAUGCGAUCGAACAUAUAUGUCGCAUCGUGCGUGUAAUAUCACAGCCACAAGGUAAUGUCCUUCUGAUCGGAAUUGGUGGUAGUGGCAGACAAUCGCUUUCGCGUAUUGCCAGUUACAUGUGCGAUCUGUCCACCUAUCAAAUCGCCAUUACGACGCACUAUAGAGUACAGGAAUUUCGCGAGGAUCUCAAGACGCUGUACUCGAUAGUCGGGGUAGAGAACAAACCGACCAGUUUCCUCUUCAAUGACACCCAAGUAGUGGAGGAGCAGUUUCUGGAGAUCGUCAACAAUAUGCUGAGCACUGGCGAAGUGGCUAAUCUCUACAAGAGCGACGAAAUGGAGGAUGUUAAAGAUAAACUAUCAAAGGAAGUAACAAAGGUUGGAAAGAUACCAACGAUCGAGACGGUGUAUUCGUUUCUGAUCGAAAGAGCGCGCGCCAAUAUGCAUUUGAUUCUGUGCAUGAGUCCGAUCGGCGAUGCCUUCAGAAACAGAUUACGGCAGUACCCGGCCCUGAUCAAUUGCACGACCAUCGAUUGGUUCCUCGAAUGGCCGAGAGAAGCUCUUCUCGAAGUUGGCAACAAGUUCCUCAUGAAUCUCAAUCUGACGCUCACUAUCACCGGCGAAAAUAAAGUGGAACCACGGCAAUCCGCGACGGCUAUUCCACAGCCACCGUUGCAGGACCGAAUGCGCGAUGGAAUUGCAGCAUCAUUCUCUUUGAUCCACGACACGGUGUCGCAGUUCUCUCGCAGAAUGGCUGCUGAAAUGAAGCGUUACAAUUACGUGACUCCCGUGAAUUUUAUCGAACUAGUAGUCGGUUAUAAAGAUAUGUUGGUGGAAAAACGGCAAGAUUUAGCAGAUCAAGCGAACAAACUCCGAGGCGGUCUUUCGAAGAUCGACGAUACUCGGGUGAAAGUUAAAGAAAUGGCCGCGGAGCUCGAAGUCACUCAGCAGCAAGUUCAUAAAUCUACGAGAGAGUGCGAAGAAUUCCUCGUAACGAUAGCAAACCAACGUCGUGACGCCGACGAGACGCAAAAAUUGGUCACUCUCAGAUCGCAGCGUAUCGUCCAAGAGCAAAAGGAGUGCAAGAGACUCGAGGAGAUUGCGCGAGCUGAUUUGGCGACCGUAGAACCCGCUUUAAACGAGGCCAUCAAGGCGUUAGAGGCUUUGAGUAAGAAAGACUUGGCCGAAAUAAAGUCGUUCGCUCGUCCACCGCCGAAAGUCGAGAUGGUGAUGGAGGCAGUGAUGAUUCUGAAAAACUCGGAACCGACAUGGACGGAAGCGAAGCGUCAACUUAGCGACGUGAACUUUAUUAAUACUCUUCGGGACUUCGACAAAGAUCAUAUAUCCGACAAAGUUCUACGAACAAUAGCCAAGUACACAUCCAAUCCCGAAUUUGAUCCCGCAAAGGUCGGCGUGGUAUCCGUCGCGGCUAAAUCUCUUUGCAUGUGGGUGAUAGCUAUGGAACAAUACGGCAAACUGUAUAGAAUCGUGGCACCAAAACGAGAAAAACUGCAAACCGCCUUAGAUUCACUGAGGCAGAAGGAAAUGGCCUUAAAGGAGGCAAUGCAGCAGCUGCGGAACUUACACCAGCAACUCGACAGAUUACAGCGAAUGUACGACGCGAAGAUGAAAGAAAAGGAGGAUUUGAUUAGGCUGGCGAGUAUAUCCGUGUUUCUUGCGCUUUAGAACGCCGGAAAUGACCUCACUGAAUUAUUAAAGUUGAAACUGGAGCGCGCGGCGUUGCUGGUUGACAGCCUUUCUGAAGAACGAAUUCUAUGGGAAAAUACAGUGGCGUCGUUAACCGAGUUUUUCGAGUGGUUGCCGGGUGAUUGCUUGAUAUCUAUCGGGAUCGUGUCGUACCUCGGUCCGUUUGUGUCCAACUACAGGCAGGAGUUAAUAAGUAUUUGGUCCAAAGAGGUGCGAGAUAGAGAGAUACCAAUGUCGCCAAAUCUGAACAUAAAGGAGUUUCUCGCUGAUCCGACUACAAUUAGGGAAUGGAAUAUUCAGGGAUUACCCUCAGACGAGUUCAGCACAGAAAACGGUAUUAUAGUGACGCGGGGAACGCGCUGGCCUCUCGUAAUCGAUCCGCAAUGCCAGGCGGUGAAGUGGAUAAAAAAUAUGGAAGCAAAACACUCGCUGAAAGUAAUCGACUUUGGUCAAGCGGACUUUAUGAGAGUCCUGGAACGAGCGAUUCAGUUCGGGUAUCCGGUGCUGCUCGAAAAUAUUGGAGAGACCCUCGAUCCGGGCUUGAAUCCGAUUCUCCAAAAGGCUUUCAUUAAAUCAGGCGAUGACACAAUGAUUAAAUUUAACGAUAAAAUCAUCACGUACAAUAAGCACUUCAAGCUAUUUAUGACUACAAAACUUUCAAAUCCCCACUAUGCCCCAGAGAUAUCAACUAAAACGACGUUAUGCAACUUUGCCAUUAAAGAAGAAGGACUCGAAGCUCAGCUCCUCGGAAUCGUGGUCAGAAAAGAAAAGCCGCAGCUCGAGGAACAGAAAGACAAUCUCGUUCUCACAAUUGCGUUCGAUAAAAAGACCCUCAAAGAACUGGAGCAUAGAAUACUUCAUCUGCUAAGCGUGGCGGGAGAAACUCUUUUAGACGAUCUAGACUUGCUGAAUACGUUAAAAACAUCAAAGACCACAUCCACCUCCAUCCAAGAGUCUUUAACUGUUUCCGAAGAGACGGAAAAAGAGAUCGAUUUAGUGAGAGAAGAAUAUCGGCCGUGCUCGAAGCGCGCUUCGAUACUUUUUUUUGUCUUGAAUGAUAUGAGCGUUAUCGAUCCCAUGUAUCAGUUUUCCCUUGAUGCGUACAACACGUUGUUCAUGCUGUCCAUUGACAAGAGUCCGAAGAAAGUGUCAUUGUCCGAGAGGAUCGAUAGCUUGAAUGAUUAUCAUACAUACGCGGUUUACAGAAACACAUGCCGAGGUCUGUUCGAGCAGCACAAGCUACUCUUCUCUUUUCACAUGUGCGUCAAGAUAUUGGAUGCGCAGAGUAAGAUCAUCCCAGGAGAAUACGCGUUCCUGCUUCGCGGCGGAAUCGUGCUGGACCGAGAAAAUCAGCCGGACAAACCCGUGUCGUGGCUGCCGGAUGAAACUUGGGACAACGUCACGGAACUCGACAAGCUGCCCGGAUUUCACGGACUCGUUUCUUCUUUUGAGCAGCUCCCGCGAGAUUGGCACAAUUGGUACAUCAGCACGGAACCGGAAGCCGUGCCACUAGUCGGCGAGUGGGAUGAAGGCUGCACUGAGUUUCAGAAAAUGUUAUUCAUCCGCAGCUGUCGGCCUGACAGAAUAUCUUUCUGCAUCACGAGCUAUAUCGUGCGCAAUCUCAGUCAGAGUUUCGUCGAACCUCCUGUGCUUGACCUGAAAGCGGUGUUGGAUGAUUCCGUGGCGCAGACACCGCUGAUAUUCGUUCUUUCACCUGGUGCGGAUCCUGCAAGUGCACUCGUACAAUUAGCUGAGAGUCAAGACAUGUCUGUUCAGUUUAUGAUGUUAUCACUAGGCCAAGGACAGGCGUCUAUCGCUACAAGCAUGAUAGCUACCGGUGCCAAAGAAGGAUCUUGGGUGUUUCUUGCGAAUUGCCAUCUCUCGCUCAGUUGGAUGCCCAAGCUCGAUAAGAUCGUGGAAACGCUCGCUUCUAGCCAAACUUUACAUCCAAGAUUUAGAUUGUGGCUCAGUUCGAAUCCGACUCCACAGUUUCCCAUAUCGAUUCUCCAAGCCGGGAUAAAAAUGACUACCGAGCCGCCAAAAGGAUUAAAAGCGAACAUGAAGCGUCUUUACGGUUUAAUCACUGAAACGCAGUUUGACUUGUGCCAGGAGAAGUCUAAAUAUAAAAAGCUGCUGUUUUCGCUGGUCUUUUUUCACUCUAUUCUUUUAGAACGGAAGAAAUUCCAGCAACUCGGGUGGAACGUUAUCUACAGCUUUAACGAUUCUGAUUUCGAGGUUUCCGAGAAUCUGUUGCAAGUUUACCUGGAUGAAUAUCCAGUCACGCCGUGGGAAUCUUUGAAAUAUCUCAUAGCAGGUGUUUGUUAUGGUGGUCAUGUGACCGACGAUUGGGACCGCCGGUUGUUGAUGACAUACGUCCAGCAAUAUUUCACCGAAGACGUUCUAGCUGUUUCCCAUUACCGUUUGUCAUCAUUACCCACCUAUUACGUGCCUCGCGACGGCUCCUUGGAGUCCUAUCGCGAUUUUAUCUCGAUGCUGCCGAAUGUCGAUCGGCCGGAAGUGUUCGGUCAGCACGCGAACGCGGAUAUUGCUUCUCUGAUAACAGAAAAUCGAAACAUGUUUGAGACUUUGAUGAGUCUCGAAGUGCAAAAGAUCAGCGAAAUAGACGAGGGCAAAGAAGACAGAGUAAUGCAACUCGCCAACGAUAUUCUUUCGAAAAUACCGGAGAGUAUCGAUUACGAGAGAACGGAGAAAUUGAUCGGACCGAAUAAGACGCCGCUAGACGUCGUGCUGCUUCAAGAGAUAGAACGAUACAACGCGCUGCUGGCAAAAACUCGCGACAGUCUUGAGGAUCUGCGACGCGGUAUCACGGGGCUGAUGCUGAUGUCGCCGGAGCUGGAAGAAAUCUUCGCGUUUAUCUACGAGGGACGAGUGCCGCCUCUGUGGCUGACCGCGUAUCCGUCUUUGAAACUGCUCGGCGCUUGGACGAGGGAUCUAAUCAAUCGAGUCGAGCACUUCGCCAAUUGGGCUCAAACCACUCAUCCGCCAUUGCUCUUCUGGCUAGCUGCGUAUACAUUUCCGACCGGAUUCCUUACUGCGGUACUACAAACUUCGGCAAGACUCUGGAACGUACCUAUCGAUUCGUUGUCGUGGGAGUUUACUGUCUUCUCAACGGACGAAUCUGCCAUAAUCGAGCCGCCCAUGGAUGGCGUUUAUGUGCGUUCUAUUUUUCUGGAGGGCGCUGGCUGGGAUAAAGAGAACAGCAUACUCAUCGAGCCCGCACUUAUGCAACUUAUAUGCAACAUGCCGAUUAUACAUUUUCAACCCGUCGAGCAAGUCAGAAAGAAAGCCAAAGAGCUUUACACCUGUCCCUGUUAUUAUUAUCCUCAGAGAAGCGGCGAUCAAACUAGGUCCUCGUUUGUGGUCACAGUGGAUCUCAAAUCUGGUCCACAAGGUCCCGAUUUUUGGGUGAAACGAGGCACUGCGCUUUUGCUUAGCUUGUCUGUAUAAGCUUUCCUUUGUAUUCACUAUGUGUGUUUCAUGUUAUAAUUUGCAAUACCACACUUGAA